AUGAGCUUCUUCGUGAGCCGCGUUCUGCCGGUAGGCUUUGCCAUCGGCUUUGGUAUCUGGAACGGAUAUUAUGCAUUCAACCCAGUCCUGAAGGAGCAAUUGGAGAAGAAGAACGACCCGGCACUGAGAGGUGGACAAUCAUCACCAGCAACGGCGCAGCCACCUGACAACACAUUACAGCAGCCUACCAGCUCACGAUCGAAACCCGCCUAG